AGAUGGUGGAUGCGGCCAAUCUUCUUUCGUCGGGAAGAAGACGGCAACGUUCUGCUCAACACCAUAAUGGAAGAGCAGAUCAACGACACAAUCAUUAGGUUCCUCAGAAUGAGAAUGAUUGAUUUUAACUUUUUGGAAUCGUUGGUCCUGCACAGAAUAGAACGUAUAGAUACAAACAUGCGGCGAGCCGUAACUCCUCGCGAAAGGUUGCUGAUAACGCUGCGCUUCUUAGCGACUGGAGAAAGCUAUUCCAGUUUGCAGUUUUUGUUUCGGGUGUCCAGACAAACGAUCGGGAAGAUCGUGCCAGAUGUAUGUAACGCAUUAAUGGAAGCGCUGAACGAUUACGUAAAGCUACCUUCGAGCAGACAAGAGUGGCUGAAAAUUUCGGAACAAUUCGAACAACGUUGGGGUUUUCCUCAUGCAAUUGGUGCAAUAGAUGGGAAGCAUAUAUCUAUUGUGGUUCCAAAGAAUUCCGGUUCCCAGUACUUCAACUACAAACAGUUCUACAGCAUGGUUAUGAUCGCUUUGGUUGAUGCAGAUUACAACUUCCUAUACGUGGACAUUGGAGGCCAGGGUGGAAUAUCGGACGAUGCGAUUUUUAAACAUACUACACUAUAUCAAUUUCUCUGUGGGCAUAAUUAA